ACCUCGUCCAAUCUCUUCUCUUUUGGGCUGUCAAUUCGACGAACAUAGAUUUGAGUGAUGAGCAGAGCUGAACAGUUUUACAAUAGUAAUAGUGCCUAUUUAUCGGAGCCGAACGUUGUUCCCCUUUGUUUGUAGUAUCUCCUGUCAUUCCACGGAAGGUCGGCAGGUAACUUCGAGGUAGCUGGAUAGCUGAUGGUAUUAGUUCUGAGAGCAAUGGUACUGAAGAUAUGUAUAUAUUCCCCUCGUGAACUCAUCCGUAGCAUCAAAUCAUUCAACAACUCAUCUUCUCUUCAUUCACCUCAGUAGCAUCACAGUCGAUCAAAAUCUCUUCCGAAACAGUAUCCAACCGCAACUAUGCAACUUCAAUCUACUUUCUUUGCUAUCAUGGCGACAAACAACUGUUCUCAAGCUCAUGGCGACCCGACAAGUCGUCAAUCACUUUAAGUACGAACAUCUUGGAGAGAGUUUCACAUACCGCCGAAGGUGACAAAGUUUCCAGCGGCGACGUAUCAGCUACACCAGAAAAUAUCCAGCAGAGAAGUCUCCGGCGGCAAGAUCCAAUGUAACACAUAUGUACGGCGACGCUGCUGGGACACUAUCUGAUGCUGCUCCUCAGGGUCAUCCAGCUAUUCUCAACGGCGGAACGGAAGUUGCGAACGAUGGCCUACCAGUGGCACCUCGAUAUUUCCGGGGCGAGGCUGACAUCUCUGCACCCGCCGCGGGACCUGGAGAAAUUGAAGAAGUUAUCCGACUGCCUGGUCUUGAUGUUCCAGAAGUGCUUCUUAUGGACUGGUCUUCCUAAACCAACCCGGAGUAAUGAAACCCCUUGAAGAUGCGGAUCGGGCAUAGGCCGAGCAAGAACCUAAGUUUUCAUUUUCCGAGGCUUUCGGCAACAGUGACGCUUAAUAAAUCCAGUCACAUGAGCUCGAGCAUUGCUGGAUAGUAGAGGACUGAUGCACGAUAGAUUCAACAUCACCCAAAGCAUAGUGGAGGAUAGGAUCGCUCGAGAGCCUAGAGAGGCGAUGUUGUAAUAUUAGAUCACUUCGGCAGCAUGAUAGUCUUAGGAAAGACCCGGGCUGAGAUUUCUAGCUAGCGAUUCACGACGGUGCGCGCUAUGGACGGGAACAAAUAGAUCACACAGCUUUGAAUUCCUG